ACAUGGCUUUCCUAGGCUUCACUAACUAUUACAACAGGUUCGUGCCACAGUACGCGAAAAUCGCAACACCGUUCAUGAAUCUGCUGAAGAAGAACACACCCUAUAAGUGGGAACCAGAACAUCAGGAAGCCGUGGAGCAGCUGAAACAGGCACUCACGUCCGCACUCGUGCUCACCUUGCCAGACCCCGAACGUGACUACGUCAUCGAAGCUGACGCCAGCGACCAGGCAGUGGGAGCAGUCUUGAUGCAAAACCAAGGGAAUGGACUGCAACCAAUCGCCUACCUCAACAAGAAACUACACGGGGUAGAACUAAACUACCCGAUACACGACAAGGAGACCCUCACUAUUAUCAUCGCCUUCAAAACGUGGAGAUGUUAUCUCAAAGGACGAAAAACAACCGUCUACACUGACAACUGCUGCCUGAAAUAUUUGAAGACACAACCAACCCUUUCCAGGCGGCAGGUCUGGUGGAUUGACUUCCUCGAGACAUACUUCUAUUACAACAUCGUGUACAAGCCUGGCCACAAAAACAAAGCAGACGCUCUCAGUCGACCUGCACACGUUGCCGCAAUCCUGGUUGAAGGGAUGAAUCCACUACUCAAGGGACUCUUCACACACGGGUAUGCCAUCGACCCCGAAAUUCUUUUGGCAGUAAAACGACACAUGCUCCAGUGGGACAGUGGCAUCGCAUACCGGAAAGGAUCCACAAAAAUCUGGGUACCCAAUUACCCUCCUUUGCGCCAGUUACUACUCGAAGAAUACCACGAUGUCCUAUACGCAGGACAUUUUGGUAGCAACAAGACGCUCACCGGUAUUGCAAAGCACUACUAUUGGCCCCACAUGGCGGACGACGUCCAGAAAUUUGUCACCUCGUGUGCUAUAUGCCAGCGCAUGAAGAGCAGCAAGCAGAAAAAGGCAGGACUACUACAGCCUCUUCAUGUCCCAGAACAGCCAUGGCGAGUGGUUAGCUUGGAUUUCAUCACCGGGUUACUAACUACCGCAAGCGGUCAUGACGCAAUCCUUGUCGUCAUUGACAAAUUCUCCAAAAUGGGACACUUCAUCCUGACAUACACGACAGUUUGCACCGAAGAGACAGCACAACUAUUCGUUCGCUACAUCAUCUCACAACAUGGCAAUCCAACCACACUCAUCUCCGACCGAGACCCCAAGUUGACGGGCAAGUUCUGGAAGGAACUGAUGUCUUUGCUCGGGACCAAACUUGCCAUGUCAUCCGCAUACCAUCCGCAGACCGAUGGACAGACCGAGCGCUUCAACCAGAUUAUAGAGCAAUUCCUCUGCACGGCAUGCGAUGACGAAAUCUCUAAAUGGGACUUACAUCUCCCUGUCUUGGAGUUUGCCUACAACAACGCCACUCAUGCCGCUACUGGACAGACGCCAUUUUUCCUCUUCUACGGACGCCACCCGCUUACGCCACAAAAACCGACAGUAUCAGCCACACUACCUGGAAGAUUCACAAUGCCUUCCAUGUCCAACUUCUGAAGCCCUAUUGAGAUCCUAACACAGU